GUGUGCUCCGCCACGGCCCCUCCACGAUGAGGCGGGUGCGCGCGGCCGGGGAGAAGCUGUGCCGGCGCGUGCGCGGCGUGGAGGCGCUGCGCGAGACGUGCCGCCAGUACCCGCUCUUUUGCUGCCUCCUCUUGGGGCUCAGUGCGGCGACGCUCCUGCUCAGCCGGUAUCUUCACAUUCUCAUGACCUUCUGGUCAUUUGUGGCGGGAGUUGUCACAUUCUAUUGUUCCUUAGGACCAGAUUCCCUCUUACCCAAUAUUCUAUUUACAAUAAAACAUAAAACCAAGCAAUUAGAGCUGCAAGAACUAUAUCCUCAAGGUUACACCUGUACAGUAUGUAGUAGCGUCAAAUGUAAUAGGCACAGGCCUACAUUUCUGCUACAAAAGUAUCAGCCAUGGCUGAACUUGAAAGUUCCUUCUAAAGUUGAUGCAUCCCUCUCAGAGGUGUUUGAGCUGGUGCUGGAAAACUUUGUUUAUCCUUGGUACAGGGAAAUAACUGAUGAUGAAUCAUCUGUGGAUGAAUUAAGAGUAACACUGAGAUUUUUUGCAUCUGCAGUAAUUCGCCGAAUAUACAAGGUGGAUAUUCCAACGGUUAUUACAAGGAAAAUGCUGAAGGCAGCUAUGAAGCAUAUAGAAGUAAUAGCCAAAGCCAGUCAUAAAGUGAAAAAUGUUGAAUAUUUACAGCAAGCUGCUUUAGAAGAAUAUGGGCCAGAGCUCCAUGUGGCUUUGAGAAGUAGAAGAGAUGAACUGCAUUAUUUAAGGAAACUUACGGAACUUCUUUUCUCCUUCCUUCUACCUCCAAAGGCAACAGACUGUGGAUCAUUCACCAUACUUAUAAGAGAAAUCCUUUCAGGUUCUGUUUUCCUACCCACCAUGGACUUCUUGGCUGAUCCGGAUACUGUGAACCACUUGCUACUCAUCUUCAUUGAUGACAGCCCACCCGAAAAAGCAACAGAACCUGCUUCUGCUUUGGUUCCCUUCCUGCAAAAAUUUGCAGAGCCCAGAAGCAAGAAGCCCUCUGUCUUACAAUUAGAGCUGAAAGAAAUUAAAAACCAGCAGGAUCUUUUCUUUCUCUUUAUGAACUUUUUGAAAAAAGAAGGAGCAGUGCAUGUAUUGCAGUUCUGCUUGGAUGUAGAGGAACUUAACGACAAAAUUUUGCAGCCAGAAUUGUCAGAUUCCGAAAAGAUGUCCCUUCACGAAGAAGUACAGAAAAUCUACAAAACCUACUGUUUGGAUGGAAGCAUUGACAAAAUUAGAUUCGAUCCUUUCAUUGUGGAAGAGAUACAAAGUAUUGCUGAAGGUCCCUAUGAUGAAGUUGUGAAGCUGCAAAGGAUGAGGUGCCUUUUUGAAGCCUAUGAACAUGUUUUCUCCCUCUUAGAGAGCGUGUUUACACCUAGGUUCUGUCACAGUGGUGAGUUUUUCAGACAUCUCUUAAAAGUAGAUGAAUCUCCAACACGCAAUUCUAAAUCAAACAAGAGCAUGCAGAGAAAAGGAGAAUCGUCCGGAAUCAGAAGUAUUAGUAGCAAAAUUAAAGGCGUGUUCAAGAGUACCACAAUGGAAGGCGCAGUGCUGCCCAACUACGGCCUGGCUGAAGGAGAGGAUGACUUUAUUGAAGAAGGCAUCAUGGUAAUGGAAGAUGAUUCUCCCGUGGAGGCACUUAGCACGCCUAAUACCCCUCGCAAUCUUGCAGCUUGGAAAAUUACCAUCCCGUAUGUGGACUUCUUUGAAGACCCCCCUCUUCAAAGGAAAGAGAGAAUCCCUGUAUUUUGCAUUGAUGUGGAAAGGAAUGACAGAAUGGCAGUUGGUCACAAACCUGAACACUGGUCGGUCUACAGAAAAUACCUUGAAUUUUAUGUUCUUGAGUCAAAGCUAACAGAAUUUCAUGGUACAUUCCCUGAUGCACAGCUUCCUUCAAAGAGGAUCAUCGGACCAAAGAACUAUGAAUUCUUGAUGUCAAAGAGAGAGGAGUUUCAGGAAUAUCUGCAGAAACUUUCACAACAUCCAGAACUAAGCAACAGCCAGCUUUUGGCUGACUUCUUAUCCCCUAAUGGUGGAGAGACUCAGUUUCUUGAUAAAAUGUUGCCUGAUGUCAAUCUAGGUAAAAUUAUAAAAUCUGUCCCAGGGAAGCUAAUGAAAGAGAAAGGCCAGCACUUGGAGCCAUUCAUUAUAAAUUUUAUUAACUCCUGUGAAUCUCCCAAGCCUAAGCCAAGUAAACCCGAGCUUACUAUUCUCAGUCCUACUUCUGAAAACAACAAAAAGCUUUUUAAUGACCUGUAUAAGAACAACGCAAACCGCUCAGAGAACUUAGAGAGAAGACAAAUUCAGAACUACUUUAUGGAAAUGAUGACCGUUGAAGGAGUCUAUGACUACUUAAUGUACAUUGGUAGAGUUGUUUUCCAUAUUCCUGAUUGGCUUCACCAUAUCUUGAUGGGAGGGCGAAUUCUCUUCAAGCGUACCUUAGAGGAGUACACAGACUACUACCUGCAGCACAAGCUGGAGCAACUCUUUCAGGAGCAUCGCCUGGUGUCGCUUAUAACACUUCUGAGAGAUGCUGUAUUUUGUGAGAAUUCUGAACCUCGAUCUCCUCAGGAUAAGCACAGGAGGGCAAAACAGACCUUUGAAGAAAUGAUGAAAUACAUUCCAGAUUUGAUAGGCAAGUGCAUUGGAGAGGAGGCCAAGUACGAAGGCAUAAGACUUCUGUUUGAUGGGCUGCAGCAGCCAGUGCUCAACAAACAGUUAACGUAUGUUCUACUAGAUAUUGGGAUUCGGGAACUAUUUCCAGAACUGAAUGAGGUUUAAAAGUAUGCUUCCUCUGGAUCAUAGUGGAU